AUGGAGCCGUCGCCGCUGACCCAGGUGUCUCGCCCGGACACGUUCCAGCCCAAAAUCGUCAAGCUCUACGAGGCCCUUUUCCAGCUUUCCGAUGCCGACGACGAGCACGACCAUGAGCAGUCCGAGGGCUUCUGGCAGGAGUUCUUCCUGCUCAAGCCGGACCUUUCGAACCUGCGACGCGUGCUGCAGAGCCUGAGCCCCGACCAAAUGCUGCACCUGCAGGUGCCUGCACAGCAGCUCUUCUCGCGUGCAAUUGAUCGCAUGAAAGAUGCUAGAGCUCCGUCCGACGAGAUCGCGCUCGAUACUUUGACAGUCUUCUUAGGCGCCGUGCUGAGCAAAAAGUACACCAAUCCAAGCUCCGACAUCCUUUCCGUGCUCGCCGGCCUCGACGACGCCGAUGCUGUGCUUACCGACCUGGUGGCCGCCCUGGACAACAUCAUUCGGAGUGGGCGGAACAUACAAAUCCGCAGGAAGGCCAUUCGAGUGGCUCUUUCCAUUACUUCGGGAGCGUAUUCAACCGGCCUGAUUUCGUACUUCACACAUCGCGAUCUAUUCCCGUCGUUGAUGAAGUUUGUCCAGGACACCGAAUUGUCGGGCGAGAUCUCCGAGCCAUUCAUCCUCCUGGGACUCCUGGCCAACUACAACAAGUUCGAAUUCCAGAACCCCUACCGCCUUCGCCUGGACGACUUCGUCAAUGACGUAGCUAUCAAGAAGACGGUUCAAUGCGUAGGAAACACUUGCCGCGAUUUGAGGGACAGAUACGUUGCGGUGCAGGACGAUACCCCUGAGGCUUGGUCCAUUGGGUCUGCUCUCAACUACGUCGGCUUAGGUGCCCUGACGGGCUCUCGGCCUGCCUCACCCGCUCCCUCCCCGGAGGAGGCACAGUCUCUGUUCACCACUUUGCCUGGUCCGGAAGCCGCCAUUCUCCUUUCAGCCUAUGAUUUUGCAAACGCAAACAAACUGUUCUGCUUCAAUUUGAUCAACCUGCCCGCAGCGAGCAAGAUGGACAUUACUCCUUUCAGCGCCUUUCUUUCUCUGACGUCCUAUCUUUUCCAACAUGCGCACCGUUCGGCAAGAACGGCUCUUUAUUCCCACGUGAAUCUCUACAUUCUACAGAUUGUCAUUGAAGACCCGGCCCUUGCGAAGCGGAUAUGCAGCGAGGAGAGCAAGACUCCGGUCAGACUCUGCAGGCAGAGACAGCCCUACCUCCCUGUUGUGCGGACAGACAGGGUGCUAGCGGCGUACAUUCUGGAUAUGGUGAUUGAUGGUAUUAACCACAACCUUCGACGCCGCCUUGAUACCGAGUACUACACUCUCUGCUUAGGGGUCAUAUUACGCAUCAUCUCUUUCCUGGCAAGAUCUCGGAUACGGUUCGCGUACCACUGGUCUGAACUGUGGCGGUCACUUCUCUCGUUCAUCCGGUUUCUCGCCACAUACGCCAAUGACAUCAAGCCGCUACGAGAAUCCGGUCGCCUGAUUGACGACACGGUGAACCUCGUUGCCCUUUCGCUAUCUGCCGGCGAGUCUUUCCUCCCUGACGCAGCAGCUUACGAUGACCUCUUCUAUAAGCUGGUGGAAACGGGCGACAUCCUCACCAAGUUUCGCGAUGCGUACGACCUUUCGAAGCAGUCUAGCUCGAGCUCGAUUGAAACCCUGGUCAGCGUAUCGAAACACUACCACGCACUCCUGGAGGGCGAUGAGAAAGGUAAGGUCAAGAGCAAGAACCUUAGCCCGAGGGAGGUUAGCAAAGUCAUCAAGCAAGGAUACGAGACCCUUUCUAUCCAGGCCAGGGAAGAUCUGGACCAUUGGGAGAAGUACCGCGAGGCGGACCACAAGGUGGUCCUCAAAAAGGUAUCGCGAGCUGCGGUGGAAGAUGCCAAGAUGUUGGUUUCCGAGAAAUGA